CCCAAACGUUAUCUUCCAUCUCCCAAGUUUUUCCAAGCUUACCUCACCGGUCUGAUUCAGGGACAACUCCAAAAAACACUAAACCCUAAACCCCAAUUUCGUCUAUGGCGUCAAUUAACUUUAAUUUCUUCGAGAACUGGUUCAAUAAACCCCCAAACCCAAUCAAUCCCAUCAACCUUCUCCCUCUCGCCCACUCUGUCUCCACCAGAACAACCGCACAGUCUCUGCCUUUCGCUUCUAUCUCGUCAUUCUUCAAAAGGGAUGAAAAGAAGCCUGACCAAGAACCUGGCCACUAUAGGAAAAUACUUGAGCAGUUCUACUGGGAAUGCGAGAACCGACCAGAUUACCGCCACACACCGGAAGUGGAGAGGAUCCUAAAUGAGGACCCGUUAUUCGAGAAGAAAGAAAACCCGACACCGGAAGAAAUCGAAGAGAACAAGAGAUGGUGGAAGGAGUUUCAGGAUAGCCCGGUUGUUCAGUUCCUGCUUCGUGCCGAUGUAAUUGCGGAGAAGAUGAACGAGCUGGAGCUGAAGGCAAAUGAGUUUCCGUACAGGUGGGAGGAUACGAAGCUGUGGCAAGCAGUGCCGCACGUGCCCGGACCGGACGGCCGGCCGAUGCCGAGAAAGGCUAUCAAGACUAGGAAAGAGAGUGACGAUAAGUUCUGGGAUUUUACUAAGCAGUUCUUUUUCGGGCUGUGGGGAUUCCAACAACGGCCCUACCCACCUGGCCGGCCGAUCGAUGUAGCUCAGGCUAUUGGUUAUAAGCGGCUGGAGAAGCGGUACUAUGACUUUAUCAUGAGGAGUGGUGGGUUUUUCUACAAAGAUCGCUUGGGCAGAACUCGAGGACCGAUGGAGCUAAUACAGCUCAAAACGGCAUGGGGUGGUGGCAUAAUUGAUAAAGAUACAUUCAUAUGGAUGGAAGACAUGGAUGAAUGGGCUCCAAUUCACAUGGUGUACGGCUUGGAACCUGCAAUUGCCACUUGGGAAGUUAGGCUUGGUGCUGGAGCAACAGAGUUCCUUCACAAACUACAAAAAGGUAUACCUCCCUGGGUACCUCUCAAGGGACGUGAAAAGAAAACUUAUAAGCAGAUGCAAGAAGAGGCCAUAGAGAGCAAAAGACGCGACUUAGCUGUGCUAGAAGCUAAUGAUGGUAUUUGGCCAGGCGUUAAAAUUCCCGGUCAUGCCUAUUUCUUUUGGGCUAGUGGGAGUGAAUUGACAACUUUGUUGGAGAGGGACCACAUGCCAAACAAAUAUAUCCCAAAGGAUCUCAGGCAGCGAUUGGCUAAAGUUAUCCCUGGGCUAAGGCCAUGGGAAGUUCUAAGCAUUGAGCAAGCGAUGGAUCAGAUAACAUAUGGUGGAAAGUGGUACCGUGAACCUCUUGGUGAAUACACUACAGGUCCUCCAUACAUCCAACACUGGAACAAGGAUGUUAUGAGACUUUUCCGGACAUAUCAGGAGCUUAGCACUGCGGUUGCCAGCAAAUUGGAUUAUACAGUCCCUGGUUUCCAAAAAAUAAUGGAAAAGGUUGAGGCUGAUGCUGCCGCGAGGGAAGCCAAACGUAGAGAACAAAAGGAAGCGGAAAAGAAAGCCGAGCAGGACAAAGCUUUAGCAGAACGAAUUAACGAUCUGUAGCAUCACUCAAAUUUCAGGGCUUUGCAGAUUAUAUGAUAAAAUAGCCUAUUCACUAUAAUGGUAAUAUGGUAUACUCUCUAGUGUCAAAAGUCCCAUUGAAUGAAUAAACAGAAUUCAUUCUGUGAAAUGAGGGAGUUUUUGCUUCUUGGAAAUGUUAGGAUUUGGUAUAACCUCUAAUGAGAUGAUCAAAGUUUGUUACUUAAGAUAUGGUACUUCGAUAC